AUGCUCUAUUGGCGAGGUCUUUCUCAUAUGUUGCAUAGAACUUAUAUCGAAUAUGCACAUUGGGUUCCUCGAAAAUUAUCUAUUGUUUUAAUUCUGAUUAUAGCAAGCAUUAUAUUGAUUACCAUAAAUGUUUCAGCGAAGCGAUACAACCACGAAUCGACCAAUGACGAUGAGCUACCCAAAAGUGCACUAUUGAAAGAAACUUUGAAUCCGCUACGCUCACUUCUCUCUCCCGAGCUUCAAUGGUGCUCUUCUAAUCCAUUCUUAGCUAAUUUUAAACCAAAGGUUGUCAUGGAAUUGGAGAAGAAAUGGCUAAAAUGGAGUCGAAAUCAAUUUUCAACUGCAUAUGAUGCUAUGAUUGAAUACAUUUUCGUAGCCCAGCAAGUUCGAGAUCAAAUUGCUAAAUUUGCUUAUCCAGUCUCAUUGCCAUUACCUUGUUUUUCUGAAGAUGGCCUAAAGCGCUAUGGUACUCGUGAUGAAACAGGGAAAAUACUUUGCGCCAUUGAUAAUCUCAAACAUGUCGAUAAAUGUGUUAUUUAUAGUUUAGGCUCAAACAAUCAGUUCGAUUUUGAAAGUGAUCUUUCUGCUCACACACAUUGUGAAAUUCAUACAUAUGACUGUACGAGCUUUCCACCGACCAAGCCGAUCGAACGCUUAUCAUUUCAUAAAGUAUGUCUUGGAAAACAACCACAGUUGCAAAGUCACAUAUUUCCGAAUGUUCAAUAUUAUCAUCACGUAGAACACAAAGCUUUUGACAAGAACUUCAAAAGUUUCCAAAAUAUACUCAAAGAAAAUAAUCAUACACAAGUACAUAUUUUAAAAAUGGAUAUCGAAGGAGGCGAGUACGCAGUAUUUGCAGAUCUAUUUGAACCAGUCAAUCAGAUCUAUAUGCCUUAUCAGAUAACGUUCGAAUCUCAUUGGUGGAAUAAAGAUAUUUCUCAUGCAAUAAUGCACCAACAAAUGUUUUCACAAUUCUGGAAGUUGGGCUAUAGAUUUUUACAACAUGAACCCAAUCCACAAAACAGAGCAUGUAUAGAAUGGACAUUGUUACGUGUUUUUUGUUAA